UGCAAUACUUCAGUGGUUUAAUAGAUUAUCAUUAUCUAUAAUAGAUUAGCGAUGUGUGAGAAUGUUUAUGAUGAUGUGAAAAACUUUGAGGAGUUGAACAGUAGAGAGCAAGCAGAGAUGGCUGUGAAUAUCUUUGCGAAUGCAGAAGCUAUUAGAAGUUACAAUGCCAACACUGGUAUGGAGAACGGCAACACAAUGAGGAACCUACAAGUUCGACACACAGUUACAGGAACCAACUGGAAUAAAUUUUACGCACUGACUUCAGUGUGUGUGCUGCUGCUGUUUGUUCUCCUGCUGACUACCAUCACAGUGCUGUUGAUCAAAUUCAACACCCUGAAUGUAGAAAACAACCAGCUACAGACCAGCUACGACAACCUGACUAUAGAGAAAUACCAGUUACAGAAACAAAGAGAUACAUUUCAGAAUAGGUUGACCAGUGUGGGAUGGAUAUUAUUUCACUCCAGCCUUUACUACAUCUCCAGUGAGAGGAAGACCUGGACUGAGAGCAGACAGGACUGCAGAGGGAGAGGAGCAGACCUGGUGAUCAUAAACAGCAACGAGGAGCAGGAGUUUGUGGAUAAUUUGAGCAAGAGCAAGAAACCUGGCAUUUAUAUUGGUCUGACUGACCUUGAAAAUGAAGGAGUGUUUAAAUGGGUGGAUGGAACAUCACUGACCACUGCGUACUGGUCAUCUGGAAAUGUUUUUUCAGAAAACCAGGACUGUGUGGUAAACAGGUUUAAUGGAAGUUUUGGGUGGUUUGACCGACCAUGCACAGAAACUUACUACUGGAUCUGUGAAUAACUCGUCUCCAGUAACAUUAAAAGACCAUCAUUACAAUUACACACAUACACAUACAAUUUAUAUUUAAAUAAAAAUUUAUAUUUUUAACAAAGCCACAUGUAACAAUUAUUGGCACCACUGGAAAAUCUUAUAAAGAAAAUACAACUGAUGCAUAUUCGCAUUUAUAUUUACAUUUUAUAUAAAUAUAUAUUUACAAGUUCACCUGAGUGUUUAGGAACUCUUAAGAGGUCCACACGGUGAAGAUGAGAGAAAUGAAAUAAAAUGUAUUGAAUAAAAUGCAUAAAUCAGGCCGUAGCUAUAAAAAUACAUACAUUUCCAUUUGCCUGUGUACUGUUUGCAUGAACUCUUUUAAAUAAAUCUAAACUGAUAUUAGGGAAUUUCAAGAUUGUGGCACAUACUUAUGCACUGUCCAUAUACAGUAUACUGCUUGUGAAUAGCUAUAUUUCAAAAGCCUUAAAUAAUUUUGUGCCUUCUUUAUAUUUUGCACUUAUUGUCCUGUCAUUCAAAAUUUUUUGUAUAUACACUGACCUUGUUGUGUGGCAAUAAAGGAAUUAA